AUGUGUCUGUUUAUGUUGAGGUUUCUUAAACAUUCUGGAACUGAACAGUUCGCAUUAUCAUUUACAGUCUCUCAUGUAUUGGCGAUAAUUUUUUUAUCCAUCGUUGCAAUUGCGAUUGCACUUCCCGUCAACGAGAAACCAUCGUUGACUACAGAAAGUGUUGAUAAACCUCUACCAUCUAAAGCAGCUGAUGCUAAGGAACCAGCUCCAACACCUGCAGUAGCAGCCAAAGAACCAGAAAAAGCACCAGUCAAAGCAGAACCAUCACCAGUUAAAACUGAUGCACCUGCUAAGACUUUGAAAGUGACUCGUGAAGCACACAAAGCAGCUGAUGCUAAGGAAGCUGCUCCACCACCUGCAGUUGCAGCCAAAGAGCCACAAAAAACACCAGUCAAAGCAGAACCAUCACCAGUUAAAACUGAUGCACCUGCUAAGACUUCGAAA